UUAUACUAUUAUAAAAGUGUUAAAAAUGUCUUCUGCUUCAGGAAGUAUACUUAUCCCAGACUCAUACACACGAGCUCAGCCCCAAAGUAGCUUAAAACAAGGCAUUAUGAUGGCUGUAAUAGCAGUUCUAAGCUGAGCAGUGAUCCUACCCUUCAUGAAACUAUAUUAUGAGGUACCUGCAAGCAUGGUUUGCUUCUGGAGAUAUUUUUUGACUUCGGUUUAUUGCAUCCCAAUAUCCUUGAUAAUUUGGAAGAAGAAAAACUCAGAAAUUGAUUAUAAAGAAGUAUACACAUUGGAGACCAUGAAAGAGUUGUUCCUCGGAGGAUUCUGAUUUGCACUCGGAUUUUAUUUUAUGGUACUCUCUGCAGAUUACACACUGAUUAUGCACACAUCUGCGAUUACAAAUACUGGAGGAAUAUUAUCAGUGGCAAUCAGCCUGAUAGCCUGAACCCAGAUUCAUCGAUUUGAAAUCUAUGGAACAAUAUUAGUAUGCAUAGGAGUCUGAGGUUUCCUGUUAGACAACACUUCAGCAAAGAUGCAUGGAGAAACAAAUAUUAUUCUAGGAGAUUUCAUAGCCCUAUUUGCAAUGCCUUGUUAUCUAGUAUCCUAUAUCAAUAACGCUAAAGCUUGUAAAAAGAUGCCAUCACUGAUAGUAUUUCACAUUUUCAUGGUCGUACAAGUUAUUUCGUUCGUUGCUUAUUUCCUCUUAUUCUCUAAGAUUCCAUGGCAGACACUAUUUUCUGAUGAUAUUAAAGAUGGCUUCUUUGGAUGGUCAAAACCAGAAUUUAUAUUUUAUUCCUUAGUCAUUGUGACACCAAUUUGCGGAAUAAUAGGUACAGGGUCCGGAGUAAUGCUGUUGGAAUAUUUCCCUGCACAUAUCGUAGCAGGAAUCUACCUCCUAGAUCCCUUCGCUACUCAAGUAGUGUCAGUUAUUAUAAACUUGGAUGGCUAUCCAUCAUUGACCACUUGAAUUGCGGCUGUAUUUAUCACAAUAGGACUUGGGCUUAGCAUCAGAGGGAACCAACUUCAAAAGCUUGAGGCUCUUCUGGAACCUUCAUAUGAAGCUAAAAUAGCUCUUAAUUCAGUUGAGCUUUCUGAGAAGUCAGUACACCAAAACUUGUAGUGGGCUAUUUACAUUCAAUCUA